UCUUCUCUCCUCCCUCUGUUGCGCUAUUGACUGAGACGUUUGGUUCGCGGGGGUCAACCGAGAGAGCCCCGUUCGUCUUUCAGUGCUUCCCAGUGAACAUGAGCCGGGGUGCUCCACGCACAUGAGCCCCUCUAACAAGCCGGCCGCCAUGGGGACAGAGCGCGAGAGUAUGCUGCAGCUCGCCGCAGAAGCCUUCCAGGCGAAAAACUUCGACCUGGCGGCGGAGAUUUACGAGUGCCAGCUCGCGGCUCUGGGGGAUGUGGCGAGCCGCCGACAGGAGCUGACGGUGAGGCGGGCGGACGCGCUCGCAUACGGGGGGAAAUUCGCGGAGGCUUUCGUUGCGUAUCGGCAAGCCGCGGAGAUGGAGCGACUGAGACCCGCGCACCUGAGCAACCUCGUCGACUAUCUGACCUCCAUCACCAAGCUGGACAACGCGGGUGACCGGAGAGAGGGCGCGGAGGCCGGGGCAGCGGCGACGGCAUGCCCCUGCUCGGGAGCCACAGGUUGCGGGGGCCAAGACUUCUCCUGCCGCAUAUGUCUGAGCUCGCUGUUCGAGCCCGUCACGUUGUCGUGCGGACACUGCUUCUGUAAAAAGUGUCUGGAGAAGGACAAGAAAGAGACGGAGGUCGUAUGCAAGGAGUGCGGGCUCAGCUCCGGGGUGGCCGUCCACGGCUACAGGGUCAACGUGGUCCUCAGCAACCUGCUAGCCAAAUGGUUCCCGAGGGUGUACCGGGCCGGCCGGCUGAGACGGGAGGGCAACGGCCUUUACUCUGAAAAGAAGGUGCAAGAGGCUCUGGAGAAAUACAACCAAGCCAUCUCCAUAUCACCCACGGACCACAUACUGUUCAGUAACCGCUCCCAGAUCCACUCCAGUCUCAAGCACUAUGAAAAAGCUCUGAGAGAUGCUGAGAUGGCCUGCAGACUUAUGCCUCUGUGGUCCAAGGGUCAUGUUCGUAAGGCACAGGCUCUGGUGUCACUGGGCAGGUCUGAAGAAGCAUUGAGAGAAUACCUGCUAUGUCUUUCUAUAGAGCCUGACUGUCGACUGGCCAGGAAUGAAGCAAAUAAGCUUCUCAGUGACCUCUUCGCUCCUGUGACGUAUCAGGUGCCUGAACACAUCUCUGACUUUCCCAACAUCGUGUCCUCUAGAGGACGCAUGAAGAGUAGUGUCAGUGCACCUUCUCAGCUCUUUGGCCCUGGCCCCCUGCCAUUGGAGUUGAGUGUGACUCCAACCGCUCCUGGGGCAGGGAGGUUGGAUUGCAGUGAGGUCAAAGUUCAGGACGACAGUAAGAUGGACCACUGUCUUCUACACGCACGGAAGCGAAGGAUCACAAAGGAGUGUGAAGAGGAGCAGGGAGCAAAGGGGAACAGUGUUGCACACAAAAGAUUGAAGUCUGAGUCAGCAGUGGCGAACAAUCUGUUAACUUCUGCAGUUGGUGACAUUUUGGCUCCAACAGAUCUGGAAUGUUCUCUUUGCAUGAGAUUGCUCUAUGAGCCGGUGACGACACCGUGCGGUCACACCUUCUGUCUUCAGUGUCUCAAGAGAUGUCUGGACCACAACCCAAAGUGUCCACUCUGCAAAGAAGAGCUGUCAGAGUACCUAGUCCAAAGACAAUACUGCAAGACUGCAUUAAUGGAAAACCUCAUAGCGAGGUAUCUUCCGUGUGAGCUCAUGGAAAGACAGAAACUCCACGACGAGGAGAUGGCUGAGCUUUCCAACCUCAACAAGAACGUGCCGAUAUUUGUGUGCACCAUGGCCUUCCCCACUGUGCCCUGUCCUCUGCAUAUCUUUGAGCCCUGCUACCGACUGAUGAUUCGCCGAUGCAUGGAGACGGGAACCAACUGCUUCGGCAUGUGUCUCGGGGAUGACCUCAAAGGGUUUGCAGACUACGGCUGCCUGCUGGAGAUUCGUGACGUUACGUUCUUCUCUGACGGGCGCUCAGUUGUGGACACCAUCGGCAGGCGGAGAUUUAAAGUCAUCCAACACAGCGAGAGAGAUGGAUACAACACAGCCGACAUCGAGUACCUGGAGGAUGUCAAGGUGGAGGGCUUGGCAGUGGGGGAGCUGCAGUCUUUACAUGACACAGUGUACGACCAGGCGCUGGUCUGGGUCAACUCCCUGAAAACGGAGCAGAAGGAACGUAUUGAGGGGCACUUUGGACCCAUACCUGAGAAAGACUCUGAACUUCAGGCCAGUCCAAAUGGUCCAUCCUGGUGUUGGUGGCUACUUGCUGUUCUUCCGUUAGAGGGCCGAGCCCAGCUGCCUUUCCUGGCCAUCACAUCUCUGAAGGACCGCCUGAGCGGCAUCCGCAAAGUUCUGCUCUUCAUGGCCUGCAGCAGACAUCGGGGACAUGCUGUGGGCCAGAGGUCAUAGUCCCACCUGACCCCCACAACUUCCCCCAAUCACCAAUGAGCAGUUGACCUGUUGUUUUUCUAUUUGAGACUUCCUUUUGAUGUGAUGGCACGUUCCCCGUUGUAGCACAAUCCACAUACGCAUCAACAACAAAACAGUCAUUCACGCUAUAUUAAACUUCCAUUCAUCUGAGGGCUCUUCACAACAUCUGGAAAGCAACCCUUUCUCUUUGUUUCCUCUUUGCAAUGUAAAGACAGAAUAGAUGUAUAUUUCAUGAUCUAUAAGGAUGAUCAAUUUGUUACAUUUUACAUGAUGCUAAUGCGCACAACCCACAACCUUGCUCCAGUUGCCACCUGGAAGCAUGAAAGUCAAUGUACCUGUAUAUGUUGGCCUUUUCUGCAUGGCACUCCUCCACUUUUAUAGUUCUCUGUGCUUUUUAAUGAGAGAUAAUACAAAAAAUGGAACAAUAAUGUGCAAUACCUUUAGCUUUUUCUCCAAAAUGAGUUGCCUAUCUAACAGCUUUAAAGCAAAUAACCCCCCCCAUAUACUGUUUGUAUGUAUCAACAGUGCUUAACAAAUUUAUUAUACCACCCAUCAUGAAAAUGAACAAGCACUAGCAUCAUGAAGCGCUUUAGUGCGGACGCUUUCAUUUUCAGUCAGCUCUGUAUUUUACUAUUUUGAAUGGGAAUGAGGAAUUUUGCAGAAAGUUGCAACGUUUUAUACCCACAUUUGAGCCUACUCACUGGGCCUCAACUACUUGAACUAAUAUUUCUGUUCAGGACUGUGAAGUGAAUGUGUUCGCGCUCUCUCUCGCUCUCUCUCGCUCUCACACACACACACAGAUAACAAUAACUAUAUUUUAGCAUUCAAAUUUAGAUUUUGGUUAAAGAGCUAUUUAACUGGUGUGUUACCCAUUACAGACUAACAAAUUUAAAAUAAUCUUAUUUGGUGGUACUGCUUCUCCGCACUCGGGUAGCGGGCGUGCUGCAUCCUAUCCCAUCUGACUUUGGGCAAUGGGCGGGGUACACCCUGAACUGGUCGCCAGCCAACAGCAGGGUCUAAUACAUUUGCUAAGCAAUUCAUCUUUCUAAGUGUACUUAUUCUGUGAGAGACCAAACGUAUACAUUUUCUUUAAAUGCACUGACUGCAAUCAAGCGAAUUAGGAUUGAGAAAGUAUUGAUUUGACAUCUCUCAAAUGAAACUUCACAAAAACAAACAUAAACAAACAAACAAAAAAACAGCACCAAGUAGCGGCACAUAUGAUAAGAGGUGUGCUUUUUGCUACUUUGUAAUCUGUGUUGCACUAUUUCUAAUUGAUUUGACUGUUUUACUCGUUUUUUUGAAAUGUGACAUUUUGCUUUUUCUCCAUUAUUUAUUUGUUUCAUUAUUUAUGCAAGCAGUGACAUUGUUUACAUUUGUUGAAGAGAGGCUCAUUUUCUACAGGAUUAUUUUUGUAUUAGACACCUCCGAAGGUCAGCCAUAAUACAUGCUGUACCAGUGUGGGGAGGAAAAACCCAAAUAAAAAAAAAACAAACAAAAAAAUUCUUACAUUGUUGCUCUUCUCCAAAACAUACCUUUCAGUUGAACAUUGAUUAUUUAAGACAGUGUUUAUUUGGUACUUCCGCCCACAGUAGAGAAAAUAACUUCCAUAGAAUUAAAUAAUUGCAAAGGAUGAAGUCUUCUCUUUAAAAAAAAAAAAAUCCAUUUAAAAGUCAGUGUUGUGAAUGCAUGGGGGAAAAAACAGUGCGUUUUAGUGUGUGUGUUUUUUAAAGAAAUAAUACAAAUGUGUAAAUUGAAAUCAAAUACAGUUAAAGGGAUACAUUUUGGCUAUUCCAAAAAUACAUUUUGGAGAAAAUUGCCAUGCCUUGUUGAUUGUUGUCUUGUUUAAAGACAGUAGAGAGCUUUGCCUUGAAAAUUGUUUUUGUAUACAAGUGUGAAUUUGAGUUUCUGUUAAGGUUUUGUCCGUUUAAUCAUUUCACAGGCUCUCAUGAUGUCAUAUGCAAUAGUACAGAGAUGUCACAUUUAAUUAAUCACCUAAUUUUGUAUGUCCAUUUAUCUACAUUGGAGUAGCUACUUCUGUAAUGUAUUUGAUAUUUUAACACAACAACAUUUGAGGUAAUGAAAUGUUUCGGGAUCAGUGGUGGAAAAGAAUUGGAGGUUAUUACUGUAUGUCUGAAUUAACGUUUGGAAUAUUUGCCUCCACAAUUCAGCAAAUACUGUAUAAUAAUCGUUGUUGGGCCAAAGUCAAAUGUAAUUACACCUGCAGUGUAAAAACAUUCUAAACAUAUUUGUAAACGUAUGUGUUUCACCCAAUUGUAAUUGUAAUGAUACUUUUUUAAUAGAUGAUAAUGACUGAAAAAAUAAUGUAGCCCAUGUUGUUAUUUGUAAGCUUAAAAGGUGAAGCUUGAGAUGCAUUUGCCUGAAUAGUGUAAACAAAACAUCUUCCAUUGACAGCAGUUCUAGUGCCUUAAGUUGGACUUCUUCCUAUUAUGUAGAAACUGGAAUGUGGUAUAAUGUUUGGGCAGAAUUUGGGGGUUUGUUGAAUUAUGUUAAGAUCAUUUUAGACUGAUACCAUGCAUCUUUAAUUUCAGUGCAUCCUGCGCUGAACACUGAAUCAAUUUUUUUUUAUUGCAUUGAUGUUGAUCGUCUGGCAUGUAGCAAUGCAAUCAUGUAAAAUGGUAAAUGGAAUGAUCACUCCAAAAAUCCAGAAACGGACAAAUAAAAAAUACAAAAAUCA